AAUAUCGGUUUCCGUGCAGACGAGGGAAACGAUUCUUGCCAGCAUCACCCCAAACUGUCUGCGGGACAGAUUGUGUUUUGAGACAUGGAGGACAUUUUGCCUAGCGAAGAGGAAAUGGCCUUUCCUCGGAUUACCAAGACCUUGGGCCAGGAAAACUACUGGGAAACAACAGAAAAAUUGGACUAUAUGUAUGUUAAAUAUGCAAGGAUUUGGAUACCUGAUUCAGAACUGGUCUGGAAGUCAGCAGAACUUGUGAAAGAUUAUAAGCCAGGAGACAAAGUCCUCCAUCUUCGACUUGAGGAUGGCAAGGAUCUUGACUACAGCCUCGAUCCAAAGAAAAAGGACCUGCCGCCCUUGCGAAACCCUGAUAUACUUGUGGGAGAAAAUGACCUGACAGCUCUCAGCUAUCUCCAUGAACCUGCUGUUCUCCAUAACCUAAAAGUUCGGUUUAUAGAUUCAAAACUCAUUUACACAUAUUGUGGCAUAGUUUUGGUAGCUAUAAAUCCUUAUGAACAGCUGCCCAUCUAUGGCGAAGACAUCAUCAAUGCAUACAGUGGCCAGAAUAUGGGGGAUAUGGACCCCCACAUCUUUGCUGUGGCUGAGGAAGCAUAUAAACAGAUGGCCAGAGAUGAGCGGAACCAGUCGAUCAUUGUAAGCGGGGAAUCAGGCGCUGGGAAAACAGUCUCUGCUAAAUACGCCAUGAGAUAUUUUGCCACUGUAAGCGGGUCUGCCAGUGAAGCUAACGUCGAAGAGAAAGUAUUGGCUUCCAAUCCCAUCAUGGAGUCCAUUGGGAAUGCCAAAACCACACGGAAUGAUAACAGCAGUCGCUUUGGGAAGUACAUUGAGAUAGGUUUCGAUAAGCGGUAUCGAAUUACUGGCGCUAACAUGAGAACGUACCUCCUAGAAAAGUCAAGAGUGGUCUUCCAGGCCGACGAAGAGAGAAAUUACCAUAUCUUUUAUCAGCUUUGCGCUUCUGCAGCAUCGCCGGAAUUUAAAACGUUGCGGUUAGGGAAUGCAGACUAUUUUCACUAUACAAAGCAAGGCGGCAGCCCAGUGAUCGAUGGUGUUGAUGAUGCGAAGGAGAUGACAAACACGAGGCGUGCGUGCACAUUGUUAGGGAUUGUUGAUUCCUGCCAGAUGGGAAUUUUUCAAAUCCUUGCUGCUAUUCUUCACCUGGGCAAUGUAGCGUUUCAGUCUCGUGAUUCUGACAGCUGUGUAAUACCACCGAAACACGAACCUCUCAAGAUUUUCUGCGAGCUCAUGGGAGUGGAGUAUGACCAAAUGGCUCACUGGCUCUGCCAUAAGAAACUCGCCACUGCCACAGAGACGUACAUCAAGCCCAUUUCCAAGCUGCAAGCCAUCAAUGGCAGAGAUGCUCUUGCCAAACACAUCUAUGCCAAUCUCUUUAACUGGAUUGUCGAUCACGUGAACAAAGCCCUCCAUUCUCCCAUGAAACAGCAUUCGUUUAUUGGUGUGCUGGACAUUUACGGGUUUGAAACAUUUGAGAUCAACAGCUUUGAACAGUUUUGUAUCAACUAUGCCAAUGAGAAACUGCAGCAACAGUUCAAUAUGCAUGUAUUUAAGCUAGAGCAAGAAGAAUAUAUGAGGGAAGAAAUUCCAUGGACCUUGAUUGAUUUCUAUGACAAUCAGCCCUGCAUUAACCUCAUUGAGGCCAAAUUGGGAAUUCUGGAUUUAUUAGAUGAAGAAUGUAAGAUGCCAAAAGGUUCAGAUAAUAGUUGGGCCCAGAAAUUAUACAAUACGCAUUUGAACAAGACGCUGCUUUUUGAGAAACCCCGCUUGUCAAACAAGGCCUUUAUCAUCCAACAUUUUGCAGAUAAGUUUAAAAUGCUGCCAGAGCUGUUUCAGGAUGAGAAGGAUGCUGCUCCUGCGUCGGCAGCACCCUCCGGCCGGACGCCAUUAUCUCGAGCCGCAGUGAAACCAGCCAAGUCAAAAGCUGGUCAGACAAGCAAAGAACACAAGAAGACAGUGGGCACUCAGUUCAGAAAUUCCCUGCAUCUUCUGAUGGAGACCCUGAAUGCCACAACUCCACAUUAUGUGCGGUGUAUUAAACCAAAUGACUUCAAGAUUCCAUUUAUGUUUGAUGAAAAACGGACCGUGCAGCAGCUCAGAGCUUGCGGUGUGUUGGAAACCAUCCGAAUCAGUGCGGCUGGUUUUCCCUCAAGGUGGACGUAUCAGGAGUUCUUCAGCCGCUAUCGCGUCCUGAUGAAGCAGAAGGAUGUUCUCAGUGACAGAAAACAGACCUGUAAAAACGUCUUGGAGAAGCUGAUUCUGGACAAGGAUAAAUACCAGUUUGGGAAGACCAAAAUAUUUUUCCGGGCUGGCCAGGUGGCUUACCUGGAGAAAAUUAGGGCGGACAAACUCAGAGCYGCUUGCAUCCGCAUCCAGAAGACCAUCCGGGGGUGGCUGCUGAGGAAAAAGUACCUGCGUAUGCGCAAAGCGGCCAUCACGGUUCAAAGAUACGUCCGAGGAUACCAGGCGCGAUGCCUUGCCAAGUUUCUUCGGAGAACCAAAGCUGCCACCAUUAUCCAGAAAUUCCGGCGCAUGUAUGCUGCCCGCACGCGAUACCGUCGUACACGAGCAGCCACCGUGGUCCUCCAGUCCUACUCGCGAGGUUAUCUUGCCAGGAAGAAGUACCGCAAAAUGCUUGAAGAGCACAAGGCCACCAUUAUCCAGAAACACGUGCGCGGGUGGCUGAGCCGCAAGCGCUACCACAAGACCUUGAAGGCCAUUGUCUACCUGCAAUGCUGCUGCCGGCGCAUGAUAGCCAAGAGGGAGUUGAAGAAGCUGAAGAUUGAAGCCCGCUCUGUGGAACAUUACAAGAAGCUCAACUUUGGCAUGGAGAACAAGAUCAUGCAGCUCCAGCGUAAAAUCAACGAGCAGUCGAAAGACUUCAAAUCCGUACUUGAGAAGCUGACCACUCUAGAGGUAGCAUACAACUCUGAGACAGAGAAGCUGAAGAAUGAUGUGGAAAGGCUUCGAAUGAGUGAAGAAGAGGCCAAGAACGCGACCAACCGGCUCCUGACCCUUCAGGAAGAGAUCAACCAGCUCCGAAAGGAACUGCACCAAACGCAGACUGCAAAGAAGACCAUUGAGGAGCAGGCAGGUGUAUAUAAACAGGAGACAGACAAGCUGAUGCUAGAACUUACAGAGCAAAACACUCUGCUUAAAAAAGAAAAAGACGAGCUGAACCAUCGCAUCCAGGAACAAGCCAAAGAGAUCACAGAGGUUAUGGAGAAAAAGCUUCUUGAGGAGACGAAGCAGCUGGACCUGGAUCUGAAUAACGAAAGGCAGCGGUAUCAGAACCUGCUCCAAGAGUUUAGUCGGUUAGAGGAGCGAUACGAUGACCUCAAGGAUGAGAUGAAUUUGAUGGUGAACAUCUCUAAGCCUGGACACAAACGAAGAGAUUCCACACAUAGCAACGAAUCGGAAAAUACCUAUAGCUCUGAGAUCACUGAACCAGAAGAGCCGCAAAUGAGAAUGGAGGAACCAAGCGAGAAGAAAGCUCCCCUGGACAUGUCUCUCUUCCUCAAGCUGCAAAAACGGGUUUCGGAGCUGGAGCAGGAAAAGCAAUCCAUGCAGGAUGAGCUGGACAGGAAGGAAGAACAAGUUCUCCGAGCCAAGGCCCAGGCGGAGGAAAGGCCUCAAAUGAGAGGCGCUGAGCUGGAAUAUGAAUCACUUAAGCGUCAAGAGCUUGAAUCAGAAAAUAAGAAACUGAAGAAUGAGUUGAAUGAGCUGAGGAAAGCCCUGCUGGAAAAGAGCUCUCCAGAUGCAACGGCCCCUGGUGCCCCGGGGUACAGAGUCCUCUUGGAUCAGAUGACCUCUGUCAGCGAGGAGCUAGAGGUGCGCAAGGAGGAAGUCCUCAUCCUGAGGUCUCAGCUGAUGAGCCAGAAGGAGGCAAUUCCACCCAAGAACACGAUGACUGACUCCACCAUCCUUUUGGAGGAUGUACAGAAGAUGAAGGACAAAGGAGAGAUCGCUCAGGCGUACAUUGGUUUGAAGGAGACAAACAGAUCGUCUCUUCAAGACUAUCAUAUGCUGAAUGAGGAUGGAGAGCUGUGGCUGGUUUAUGAAGGGCUAAAACAAGCCAACAGGUUACAAGACUUCGCAGGAUGGGUGUUUUUGGAACCAAGCGAGAAGAAAGCUCCCCUGGACAUGUCUCUCUUCCUCAAGCUGCAAAAACGGGUUUCGGAGCUGGAGCAGGAAAAGCAAUCCAUGCAGGAUGAGCUGGACAGGAAGGAAGAACAAGUUCUCCGAGCCAAGGCCCAGGCGGAGGAAAGGCCUCAAAUGAGAGGCGCUGAGCUGGAAUAUGAAUCACUUAAGCGUCAAGAGCUUGAAUCAGAAAAUAAGAAACUGAAGAAUGAGUUGAAUGAGCUGAGGAAAGCCCUGCUGGAAAAGAGCUCUCCAGAUGCAACGGCCCCUGGUGCCCCGGGGUACAGAGUCCUCUUGGAUCAGAUGACCUCUGUCAGCGAGGAGCUAGAGGUGCGCAAGGAGGAAGUCCUCAUCCUGAGGUCUCAGCUGAUGAGCCAGAAGGAGGCAAUUCCACCCAAGAACACGAUGACUGACUCCACCAUCCUUUUGGAGGAUGUACAGAAGAUGAAGGACAAAGGAGAGAUCGCUCAGGCGUACAUUGGUUUGAAGGAGACAAACAGGCUUUUGGAGUCUCAGCUACAGACUCAGAAAAGGAGCCAUGACAAUGAACUGGAAGCCCUCCGUGGAGAGAUCCAAAGCCUGAAGGAGGAAAACAACCGCCAGCAACAGUUGCUGGCACAGAAUCUCCAGUUGCCCCCAGAGGCCCGGAUAGAAGCCAGCUUACAGCACGAGAUCACUCGCCUGACAAAUGAAAACCUGGAUUUGAUGGAACAGCUCGAAAAACAGGACAAGACGGUUCGCAAGCUGAAAAAGCAACUCAAAGUGUUUGCGAAAAAGAUCGACGAACUUGAAGUGGGUCAGAUGGAGAACAUUUCACCUGGGCAAAUCAUCGACGAGCCGAUCCAUCCAGUGAAUAUUCCAAGGAAAGAAAAAGACUUCCAGGGGAUGUUAGAGUACAAGAGAGAGGAUGAGCCCAAACUCAUCAAGAACCUCAUUUUAGAGUUGAAACCACGUGGUGUUGCGGUCAACCUCAUCCCAGGAUUGCCUGCAUAUAUUUUGUUCAUGUGCGUCCGCCAUGCAGACUAUGUUAAUGAUGACCAAAAAGUGAGGUCCUUGCUGACUUCUACGAUUAAUGGGAUCAAGAAAAUUUUGAAGAAAAGAGGUGAUGACUUUGAAGCGGUUUCCUUUUGGCUGUCCAACACGUGCCGAUUUUUGCACUGUUUGAAGCAGUAUAGUGGCGAAGAGGGGUUUAUGAAACACAACACGCCUCGUCAGAAUGAACACUGCCUGCACAAUUUUGACCUUGCGGAAUACAGGCAAGUGCUGAGUGACUUGGCCAUUCAGAUCUAUCAGCAGCUUGUAAGAGUGUUGGAGAAUAUUCUUCAGCCAAUGAUUGUUUCAGGGAUGUUGGAACACGAAACCAUCCAAGGUGUUUCGGGUGUAAAACCAACCGGCCUCCGAAAGAGAACCUCCAGCAUUGCUGACGAAGGAACAUACACACUAGACUCUAUCAUUCGGCAACAGAACACGUUCCACUCCAUCAUGUGUCAACAUGGGAUGGAUCCAGAGCUGAUCAAGCAGGUGGUCAAGCAGAUGUUUUACAUCAUUGGGGCUGUGACCCUCAACAACCUCCUCCUGCGGAAGGACAUGUGCUCCUGGAGCAAAGGGAUGCAGAUCAGGUACAAUGUCAGUCAGCUCGAAGAAUGGCUUCGGGACAAAAACCUGAUGAAUAGUGGUGCUAAGGAAACUCUGGAGCCCCUUAUCCAGGCAGCGCAGCUGUUGCAGGUGAAAAAGAAGACGGAUGAAGAUGCAGAGGCCAUUUGCUGCAUGUGCAAUGCCUUAACUACUGCACAGAUUGUUAAAGUUUUGAACUUGUAUACUCCAGUUAAUGAGUUUGAAGAAAGAGUGUCUGUGUCCUUCAUCCGGACGAUACAGCUGCGUAUGAGAGACCGGAAAGACUCUCCUCAACUGCUGAUGGAUGCGAAGCAUAUUUUCCCCGUUACUUUCCCAUUCAACCCUUCGUCCCUUGCAUUAGAAACCAUCCAGAUCCCAGCAAGUUUGGGUCUAGGAUUCAUCACGCGUGUCUGAAUCACAGAUACAGUUCGCUAUUGAUCAUGAGUUUGCUGCCCGUACUUUCCAGAAAGGAACACAGAAAAGCCAUGAGGAUGGGGUGGGAUAGGGAAAUAGGGGGAGAGGGCUUCAAAAAUAUUGUAGAUACCCUAAAAAUGCGUUAUAGAAAGCUGGAAUGCUGCAUAACUGUCACAGCUGAUGGCUGAUGGAAGCAUAUACGUUUGUACAAAUUCAUUCUUGUCAUGCUGAGGCCUAUGUACCAUUUUAACAGUCAGAUCUUUCCCAGUCCAGAUCUUCUCCCUUAUGUGCUGUUUUAUAUUUAAAUCCAGAGCUGAAUAGACCGUCUUUGACUAAUAAAACAGCAUGCACACUC